UGAUGACUUAACGUCGAUUAGUAUGCGUAUGGUUUUCUAACAUGUCGCCCGAUGUGAACAGCAGCUGAAGUUCUUGAUACCUAGUUUUCGUUUGGUUUUUACAAUAUGAACAUGAUGAUGACUGAUUUUAGAACGGAAAUGGUCAUUACGGAAAUUUUGGAUACCGAAAGAUCGUAUGUCCGGCACUUGAGGGAGGUGGUCGAAGACUAUUUAGGAUACUGGAAGACCAGAAAUGUGCUAUCCAAAGUACAAUGCAAUCAGCUGUUUGGGAAUAUAACGGAAAUCUAUAAAUUCUCCAAAUUGUUUUUGUGUGAAUUAGAAUCUUGCAAACCCAACGCAAGAGAAAUCGCUCGGUGUUUUCUCAACAACCGUUUGAAGUUUAUUGUAUACUCGACGUAUUGCGUUAAUUUCCACAAAUCAGAUUCCAUACUAUCAGACUUGAUGCGAAAUCCCCAGACGUUAAACACGAUCCUACAGAGACAAAAAGAUUUGGGUCAUCGAUUGCCGCUUGGUUCUUAUCUCGUUUUUCCUAUACAGAGAAUGCUCAGAUAUCAUUUACUCUUGGAGAAAUUAGCAAUGUACACACCGGGCAAUACGUCCGAGCGACUGCUAGUUUCGAAAGCCCACGGCAAAAUGACUCUACUCGCCAGAAUCAUCGACGAGACGAAAAACAAAUUCGAAAAAGGAGGUCGCAUAAAAGAGAUGCAACAACUGAUGAAGCAAUGGCAAGAUAGAACAAACAUAGAGCUGUCGAACAAUUGUUUUGAACUGUACGCCGAAGGCGAUUUGCUGAUUGCCGGCACCAAGAAGAAGCUCCGUGUGAUUUUAUUGAACAAUGUCUUAUUGAUAGCCAAGGAACAAAAAUGCGGUCAGCUCGAAUACAAAGAUCAUAUUUCGAGCAACGACAUGACAAUCACCGAAAACGUGGACGGAGAUCCGUUGAGCUUUUGCGUUUCGUCAAACGAAGAUCACAAACACUCUUACAAGCUACAAGCUCGCGUUAAGAAAGAGAAGAUUUUUUGGGUGAAAACAUUGAACCACAUGAAAGCGGACACCACUGGGUUUUCGGCAAUGACGGGUUUGGCCGAAUUGAUAGCCGAGAGAUUUUACCUACCGAGUGAUUUACUUUAAUUAUUAUUAUUAUUUGGUUUGACAUCUAAAACAUGUUCAUGAAACUUUUUUCAAUUUUUGAGACGUUGACAUUUUAUUAUUAGUUAUGUUUUUUUAAAAUAAUUAUAAUAUUAAGGGAUUUCAAAUAAUAAAUGUAUAGUUAGCUAUUGUAAGGAAUACAGAUUAUGACGACUUAGUGGAAAACUCAUUGGCAGUUACUACAAGUGUUGUUCAUCGAUGUUACCGAAGAAGACGUGAUGGGAUUUAUAAAACACUUGUUGUCAUGUUGCAAAAUUUUCGAUUCCAACAUGUUUCAAUAUAAAAAUACUUAC